AUGCACCCCUCCCUCCUUAUUACCCCACACCCUCACUUCACUUUCUCCUGCUUUUCCAAGGUUUAGAUCCUGAGCUGUUUGGGUUCAUCGUUUUUUCCCCUUUAUUUUACACCCCAGAAAAUCAGAGCACGUCCCGAAACUAGAAAACCGCCGAGUCCUGACAUUAUUCCGUGCGUCUGUCUGUUAGGUGUGUGUGUGUGUGUGUGUGUUGCGGAAAGUAUCGGCAGGAACAACAGCACAGGGGCGAUGUGGAAAGGUUGCGCACUUACGGAAAGGAUCCUGAAGUUGGGACGGAUGUGACGAGUCAUGAUGAGAGGAGGUUCCUAGCCUUGUGGAAUCUGAUGCAUGGUCCUGAAUUUUGGAAGCGCAGUCGUCUUCAAUCGUCUGACCUACCCUGAAUCAUCUCUAUUCCCCGUGCUCUCUUACAGAAGAGUGUAGAGAGGCAACAUAAUCCCAGUAACAUAGAUUAAAACACCAUGUCGUCUUCGUCCUUACGCCGCUCUGUGAAGAACAUAGUAAACAACUACACGGAGGCGGAGAUCAAAGUGCGAGAGGCGACCUCGAAUGACCCAUGGGGUCCUUCCGGUUCUCUCAUGAUGGAGAUCGCUGAGCUGACUUUCAAUGUAGUGGCCUUUACCGAGGUCAUGGGUAUAAUCUGGAAGCGCCUGAAUGACCACGGCAAGAACUGGCGUCACGUCUACAAGGCACUGACCCUGCUGGAUUAUCUGGUGAAAACUGGUGCAGAGCGCGUGACUCAGCAAUGCAAGGAGAACAUCCACGCGAUCCAAACACUCCGGGACUUCCAGUACAUAGACCGUGACGGACAGGACUUGGGUGUGAAUGUGCGUGAGAAGGCCAAGCAGCUUGUUGCUUUGCUCCAAGACAAGGACAAACUGAAGCACGAGCGGAGCCAGGCUCAGGCGACACGUGAGCGCAUGGCCCGUGCCGGUGGCAUGUACAGCUCCAUGCCUCCACCCUACUCUGGAAGCCGCACCAGCCAGCCCAGCAUAGCCACCACUACCGGGGACACGUACGGUCGCCCUAGAACCUCACCCCCCUCCUACAACUUGUCCACUCCACCCCCUCAUCUGGCCCCAGAGCUGGAGAAGGCACGGCCUCAGACCAGCGGUGAGGAAGAGUUACAACUGCAGCUGGCAUUGGCCAUGAGCCGUGAGGAGAGCGAGAAGCCACAUCCUCCUGUGGAUAUCGAUGAACAGACGCAACUCCAGAUUGCAAUGAGCCUCAGCAAGGAGGAGGCCCAAAAGAAGCCUCCUCCCGCUGUCACCUUGGACAUGGAUGAAGAUACUCAGCUCCAGAUUGCGCUGAGCCUCAGUAAGGAGGAACAUCAGCAGGAGGAGCGAAGUCGCCAGGGGGAUGAAUCGUUGCUCCAGAAAGCUCUUGAAGAGAGUAAACGAGAAAUGGAAGCCAAAGCAGGAGGGCAGUCUGCCAUUUUGGAUCUGAUAGAUAUUUUUACUCCAGCCUCCGAAGCGCCACCCAGUGCCAAACCAUGGGAUCCGUCUGGAGCUGCGGGACCUCUGAGGGUUGACCCGUGGGAUUCUCUAGAUCCAAGCACCUCAAAUCGAGGUCCUGGCAGCUCCUGGGCAGCACCUUCCAGCCUUCACUCUCAGCCCUGGGACAAUCAGGCACGUGCUCCUGACCCAUGGGAAGCUCCUCAGAGGGCCACCAGUCCUGUUCAUACUUGGCUCUCAACUGCUGCCACUGCAGAAACAAAAGGGUCUGCUGUCCCAGUCAAAGGCGCAUCAUCACUUCCUGGAAGUCCAACAGAUGGAGAUCUUUUCGAUGAUGCCAUGGACGGUGGUCAGGUGCACAUUAAUGGCCGUAAUGUGGAAAGUCCAGAGUUAUUUGACCUGUCUCGUUUGGGAGAAAGUUUAGCAGAGCCAAAUCCUCGGACCUGUGUCACUCCGGAAGCCUUUCUGGGCCCUGCAGCGGCCUCGCUCGUUAAUCUCGACUCCCUGAUCCCGCCAAGUAGCGCUCCUAAAAACUUAAACCCGUUUUUAACAGGUGUGAGUGCUCCUUCUGUCACAAAUCCAUUCCAAAGCGAGCAGGCGCGUCUCACGCUCAAUCAGAUGCGUCCUAGUAGCUCCACGUCCGCCGCUCCCAACUCGCUGCAAUACAGCGCUUCUCUGCCUCUGCCUGCGAGCAAUCAGCCUUUGUCCUUACCCAGCUCUUUCACCCAGCCUUCGGAAGAACAGCUUAAAGCGCUUGGGAACCUGCCUCAUUCACUGCAUCCUCUCUCAUCCAAAUCCACACAAGGACAGCCAGAUCAGAGCCAGAACCCUUUCCUCUGAAGCCAGCCGUGAACAGAGCUUCAUGUGGCCUGAAUGUAAGCUUGCUGGCCUGAGUAACAAUGCUUAUAACAGAGUUACAAAAAAACUGCAGACUUGGAUCUAAACUGGAACGUAGUCCAAAUUCUUGACAACACUGUUUUAUACUAAACUUUAACUGUUUUCAGAGCUCUUUGCAAUUGCUACUUAUCCUCUUGUAUCCAUCUGAACUACAGAACCGAUGUGUCUUUUUAACCAUACGAGCAAAUAGCCCACAUUUCUUUCCUCCUUUUUUUUUUUUUUUUUUUUUUAAAUAUGGGAUCAUGAUCUACUCUGUAAUGACCAGUAACUUUUACAGCUGUUUCGCCAAACUCUCAAGACCUGCUUUAGUAAUACUUCUUUAAGUAUUACAUACAGCCUGGUGGUCUUCCUUUUUCCUGCUGUAUUAUUCAUUACAUUUGACUGAUAUAGAUGAGCGGAAUAGCAUGGAAGCUAUCCAACGGCCCCAUCCAGAUAAUGAAGCUCACUCAUUCAAGGAUGUCUAAUCAGUGUGCCAGAUAUCUAACACCAGGCUGUUUUUCUUUUUAACCAUCAGUGAUAUUGGCUGCUAAGUUAACACGCGUCAUGAAGGGAACAAAUUUACUGUGUGUGGCGUGAUGACCUACUAACAGAAUGUGUGAAUAUGAGACUGUUAUGGAAAUAUAAAACAUUUCUUAUCAAAUAUAGGAAUGGAAAUUGCCAUCAACUAAUGUAUGGUUAUUUUUCUUCAUGAUUGUGCUCUCUGAGUUUUAUCACUUACUUAAAGCAUCAGUAGUUAAAACAUGCUCUUUUCUUUUAAAAAAAAAAGGACCUGAAUUAAGGUGUUUUCACACUUGGCGUGAAUACUCGAAUCUCUUCCCAGGAUUCAUUCUGGUCUCAUAAUGCUAUCUGCACCUGUAUUUGUUUAGUGCUUUAAAUAUCUGUAUUUAGAUUCAAACUUGAGUAAUUUUAUUAGCAUUUCAAUUUAUUUCACAAAAUAUACACCAAUAAGUAACCUUGUUUAAGCCACUGCAGCCAUGACUAGGAGGUCACUAAGUAUUCUAUGAACACCAUACCUUAUACCGAUGGUGUAUAAUACGGUAAGCUUCGUAUCUGUGGCUACUGGAGGUGAAAAAAAUGCAUUCUGUCCUCAAUCAAACUACUUUUUAGUGCGAAAAGGCCAAGUGAGAAAAUUCCUUACAAACUUGUGCAAACUAUUUAAUAUUGCAUCAGUUAACUGUUUGCCGAGAGUAAUAUCCGAGCACAUCACAGUCUCUACAGAGAGAAUUAAAUUAGUCUUCUCACAGCCACAUUAUUCAUAUCAUCAACCACAAAAGUGUGAACUAAUGCUCGAAAUGUUGAGCUGAUUAGAUCAUUUUCGCUGCAUUAAGCUGCUCUAACUGGGCUGUGAUCCAAACCCAGAUGUUUGUGUCAUUGUGUAAGGUUAGGUUCUGUGUGUCCGUAUCUUGUAUGUCCACAUCAGUCAGGGUGAUUCGAGUCCAGCCAGUUGAUGAUCUCCUGAAGGCCCUCUCCAGAGCGAGCACUGAUCUCCAACACCGUGAUGGAUUGAGGAGCGGAGGCAAUGAUGUCACCCAUCCUGAAGAGUGAUUUCAUUUCCUCUAGUGACAUGGUGCAUUGGAGGUCACUAAAAAGAGAAUGAGAAACAAAACUUUUGCAACAAGCAAGCUGUAAAACUGCAACACUGGAGUGCUUCCCGCUGAUACCACCGUGAUUGCUCUUCCCGCAUCUUUCUGAGUGUGACUUGGAAAUCGAACAAAGUCUGUCAUAGUACGAGUUAAGGUUUAAGUGAGUGAUGUAUACAUGCAAUAAUGUUUGAAUCAAUAAGUAACUUCACUCAUCAAACCGCUUUAAACUGAGGCCUAAGUGAACAAAAAUGUCUAAUUUGGUAAAUACAUUUGUUCUUGUUCUUGCUCAAUUUCUCUAAGAGUUACUGUAAGAAGCAAGGAAAUGAGUCCCUCAAGGAUUUCAUUGAGUUUUGUGAUUGUUGCAGCUAAAAUUACUUAAUUUAGAUUUUUUCAGAAUUUGCAAUAAAAAUUUUAAUGGGUGAGAUUGCAGGCACGGGAUACUUCUUUUAAAUCGUUACCAAUGACGACCGGUGUAAUUACUUUCCCAGUUCCUAGAGGGACUGGAAAAGUAUAUAAGGAGUUAAUGUUGGAGUCGGUGAGAAUACUUGCUGUUAAUUUUUUUUUUUACUUGAAAAGCACAAUGCGUGUUGAAGAACGUUAGAGUCUGACCUCUUGUUGAACAGCACGAGCACGGAGGCAGAGCGGAGCGACUCGGCCGAGAGGACAAACAGCAGCUGGAUGCAAGAGGAGGAAAUCUGCGUGAUGUUGGCGGAGUCUACCAUGAACUAAAGACAAAAAGCACAGUGUCAUUUUUUUUACAGCUGUGUUUUGGAAUGUAUGAUAAAAAGGUAUAUUACUUUUUGAAUGGGGGAAAGGAAUUGGUCUAAUCUUGCAGCAUGUGAAAGUCAUUUUUACAGUGUGGUAUAUUAAUAAAUUGUGUACUGAUAUCGCUGAA